UAGUUACCUGAGCUGUGAUUGGUUGCUGGGGGAAAAUCACUCUAUAUUUUCUCUCACACAGUUUGAUAAAUCUGGAUAAAUCUUCCCCAAUAUGUUUUUAAUAAAUGCUUACCAAAUUCUGUUAUACUGUAAUCAGAUAUGUUGUUUUUUGUUUGUUUACUUGAUAAAAAAAAAAAAUGAAAAAUUGGUUUUUUUUUCCAGAAUAAUGAAAAUGGUCAAGCUGCUAAAAGUGUUGCAGAAUUCAUCUGCACAUAUGUGAUGUUUAAGGAUGACAAAGAAAAACUUAUCAAAGAAAUACAAACUCUUGCGGAUGUCACCGGCUGCUCCACUGAAGAUAUUUUUGGGGAAAAAAGUCCAGAGCAAGUGGCUAUGGAUGAGAAUGGUGUUCUAACACAGAUAAACAUUAUGAGACAGCUGCUGGAACGACAGCGUGGUGUUGCUCUUGGUGAUUUAACUGUCUAUUGUGUUUUGCUGGAUGCUAUGAUACAACCUAUUAAAGGGACCGCUGGUCAUGGAAAUAAACGUAUUGCUCGUGGGCUACUUGGGGGUGGUGAUGGAAUAGGAGGAAUUUUAGGCUCAGUGACAGGCCUACUUGGUGGUGGAGCGGGUGGAGGAGGUGGAUUGUUGGGCCCAGUGACAGGCCUACUUGGCGGUGGAGCGGGUGGAGGAGGUGGAUUGUUGGGCCCAGUGACAGGCCUACUUGGCGGUGGAGCGGGUGGAGGAGGUGGAUUGUUGAGCCCAGUGACAGGUCUACUUGGCGGUUCAGGGGGUGGACUGCUUGGAGGAUUAUUAGGUGGGCAAAGAUCUGGAGGUCAACAGCAAGGAGGUUUAUUAGGAGGACUACUAGGUGGACAGACAAAUGGUGCUUGUGGGCAAGGGAAUCAGGGUCUUGGUGGCUUGACAGGGGGAGUGACUAAUCUGCUUGGAGGAUUAUUAAAUGGGGGGCAAGGAGGGCUGCUAGGAGGACUAUUGAGUCUGCCAACAGGGCUGCUAGGAGGACUAUUGAAUCAGCAAGGAGGGCUGCUUGGAGGAUUACUAAAUGGACAAACAGGGCUAUUACAGAGCCUUGGUGGACUAACCGGAGGUCUCACUGGUUGACUUGGAAGAUAAAAACAGGAAGCCAAGAUCACAUUCCAGAUGAGUUGGCGAUAAAAUCUUCCAUAAAAAUUUCCAUUCCAUUAUAUAGCUUAGCUUUGCUGAUCAAAGUCCUAAUAAAUGAAAUAAU